UAUUGACGAGACUUAACAUCAUCCGCGAAUGUCCUCUACCCACAUAAUAGGUAGAUCGGGUACCGGUUGAGCCACCUGGAGAGAGCUGAAUCGUCCCUCCUUUAACUCUUUUGAGCCAAUGCGGAGAUGCCUAGCCACUCUAAGCUGUUACCUGUUCUUUGAGUCCUAUUAAUCACAUGCUUACUGAGUUGAGGGAAAUUCCUUUGUGACGGCAUCCAUUCCGAAUUUGCCAUGUUGUAUUUGUCAAUUAAAGAAAGAAACAGUGCUAUCGUGGAUUGGAUGUUCUCGAUUUAGACCCGGCGCGGACGACCGUCGAUGUAAGCAAGCCGUGAUUCAAUUAUAUAUAAGAGGACGACGAUUUAUAUUUUCCUUCACAUUUUAGACAAGUGGUCACUAUGUCCUAUAAAAAUGAACGCAGUCAGACCACCCAAAUCGAUCAUGUCGCUCGUACCACUCCAGAUCGCAUCGUCGCGUACAUCCCCCACUCCACCGACAUCAACCAAGGCUUUCGUUCUAUCACCGCCGCGCGAUAUGCCAGAGCCGUGAACGUCCUGUGCGAAUCUCUGGAGCCCCGAAUCGGUCGCAGCACCACGCACCAGGCUAUCGGCUACAUUGGAAAAUGGGACUUCCGGUACCACUGGGUGGCGCUUGCGUUGAAGAAACUCGGGUUCGUUGGGUUGUACUCGGCGCCGCGGAACAGCCCUCAGAUGCAUCGGCAUAUCUUCGAAUCGAAACAGUGCGGGACCUUGUUGCAUAGCGAAGGGUUGGAUAUCGCGGCAUGUCUCGGGGACAAGGAGAUGAACUGCAUCCAGGUCCCAUUGCUGGAUGCGCUCCUGGCGGACGGGAAGGCUCCGAGGGAGUAUCCGUACGAGAAGACGUUCGAGGAGGUGUGGGAUGAGCCGUUCGUGAUUGUCCAUACGUCCGGAAGCACAGGCAUGCCCAAGACUUUGAAUCUUACGAACGGUUUUGUGAGUUCCUUGAGGGAGCUAGGGGCGUAUCCGCCGAAAGAAGAUGGUCGGAACAACGUAUAUUCGUUGCUUUUCCAGAAAGUGCGAUAUUAUUGUAACUUCCCACCAUGGCAUACCGGUGGCAUCCUCAUCGGUGGCCCGUUAUUGAACUUCUACGGCGAGUCGGAGCAGGUGUGGCAUCACCCGGAUAGUCCGCCCACCCCAAAGACAAUCAUAGAUGCGGUGAACCAUGGCAAGGUGUAUAGGGCCGUCCUUGCUCCCGUGACAAUACAGGGGAUUGCAAUGACGGAAGGCGGCUUAGAUGCCCUCGGUCGGAUGGACACGGCAUCAUUUUCUGGAGGCCCACUCGAUAAAGUCACGGGUAAUUUAGUGUCAAAGCGAACCAACCUCUAUUCCAUCAUGGGAUCCACAGAAGGGGGUGUGACUGGGCUGCAAUACAUCCACAAGCCUGAAGACUGGGAGUACAUCGAGUACGACCCGGAGGCAAGCGGUAUCGAGUUCCGUGAGCAAUCUCCAGGCAGAUACGAGCUGGUCUUCGUGCAAACCCCUGCUGCUGCGCGCAUUCAAGGCAUCUUCAACACGUUUCCUGAUCGCCAGGAAUAUCUGUCGAGUGAUCUUUACUCCAAACAUCCAACCCUUCCGAACCACUGGAAGUUCCAAGGCCGGACGGACGACCUCGUUGUAUUCGCCAGCGGGGCGAAGCAUAAUCCGCUUUCAUUCGAGGAGAAUGUCCGCCUCAAUAACCAUGUCUCCGAGGCGCUGGUAUUCGGCACCGGACGUAUGGCUGCUGGGCUUCUGAUCGAGAUGAAGGACACCCCCUUGGAGAACUGGGCCCAGGCAAAGGAGGUUCUUGAUAGUAUCUUGGCUUCCGUGGAGGCCGCUAAUACGGCGGCACCCAAGCACGCGGUCGUCCAACGCAGCUUGAUCUUGUUCACAUCGGCCUCAAGUCCUUUCAUGCGAGCGAGUAAGGGAACCGUGGUUCGUAAGAGAUCGCUGGAUCUGUACGGUGCAGAGAUCGAGAAGGCAUAUGCGAAUUGUGCAGUGCCCGACAUGGUGACUUCGGCAGUGACCGAAGUCAUGCGGAACUGAGUUCGUAAAGCCACUCAAUUUAAUUCGUUCGACACC